AAAAUGAAGACAACGGUCGUGUUAUCUUUAGCCUUUAUCAGUCUUGUUCUGGCAUUCCCAGCGCAAGACUCCAGAGAAGCGGACUCGUCCGUCGACAAAAGAAUCCGUCAACCCCCAGAACCAUGCUGGCCGUUCCGGUUUGGACUGGGACCCGCGAUACCCCCUGCCUGGUUCCGAGGGCAGAACUCUUCGGACGUCCGCCCGCACAUUACGAGGCCCAGGAUCUGCGGAUGGCCCGUGAUCCAAAACGGAACAAUUCGUGCUCCGCUCAAUGAAACGGUGUUGUACUGAGAACUUAUGUCAAAUCAAAUGACGAAUAAAAAAUGCAUCCUUCAUAAGCGUGCCCAGAA